CAUGUUCAUAAAUACCAGAUAAUACCAACAACCCAUCAAACCAAAGGCAGAUACUAAUACGCCAACAGAAAUUAAUCAGGCACAAUGUCUAUUAAUAUCAACCCAGCGGGACUAGCAGAUUCCAACAUCUGUUUAUACACUGCACCGCCUGUCGACAAUCCAAGACCUCCUGCCGUGGCGCGUGGACGAAAGUGUCGUGGCUGUACUAAUCGAGCCGGCGCAAGACCUCCUCCUUGCAACAUUACAGAUACGCACGGCUGUACUCAGUGUCUCAAGGUGGGAAUUCCAUGCCUGAUCAGUAAUUGGGCUAUGCCACCCCAUUCCGACCACACCACAACGGCCCGACCGGACACGUACCAUCGAUGGACGAGGUGUGAGGCCUGUGAGGCUUACGAAUACUGUGAUCGAAGCACCCCAUGUCUGAACUGCUUUAGCAAGAAAAUACCAUGUCUGCGUCCAAUGACGAACAGUGCCAUCAAACGUGCCUGGGACCAACCUCUGCCCGGCGAGGACAUGUACGGGUACUGGAUCAUGCAUGGGCCUCGCCACCCGGACCACCCACCCAGCGAAGCAGCUGUGUAUGAUCUGGCCACUCAUUCAGGAUGGCGAAUGGGCCAUAACUACCAUGUUGAGUACGCGUUCAAGUGCUACUCACAAAUGGGUUGGAUCUCUCAUUAUUGGUAUGGUCCCAUCAACAUCAGUCGCGGUGCGCCAGAGAUCGCCAGCCCACAAGGGCCGAUUUACGUUGGCCACCCGGAAGGCCAGCCCACACCACCGCCAUCGACUCGUACCCCCUUAGGUUUCGACCCUGGCGCAACACUGGGAUUCUUGACGAUUUUCCUGAAGAACCCCCAUGAUCCGGCCAGCACUGUGGCCGGUUCGUCAGUUGACCACGUCGCCCGACCAGUUUCAGCUGUCCCGUCUCCUACUGUAUCUGCACCCCCCAAGCCAGUGAAGCGGCGGAGCACAGUCAUGGCUCGGCGCAUGCAAGCACCGCAGGCUCGCACUGCUCCAUACCCCCGACAUUUGACUCUCGGAACUAGCUCGCUUCCAGGUACUCCGAGUGCUCAGCAGCCUCCUAUCGAAUUGACGCCAGUACCGCCUUCUACACCCUGGGAAGGGUUGCGAACCACCUCUUGCUUUAUGGGGGUGCCAGCCAUACCGCUACAACUGCCAAACACGGAAUUUGUAGACCAAUACAACGAUUCAAUGGACACAGAUGAUACUCUUGCCGAUUUGAAGCUUCUGAUGGAGUGGAAUCAACAACAGGAGCAGCACCCACUGCCGCUGCCCAUCCCGACGAGCCUCGCUGGCGUCGGCGUGACUCAUCCGCUUCAGUAUCCUAUAACCAAUGGCGUUCCAAUUGAAAACGACGGGCCUUUCUUGUUAGAUCAUCUUCUGCUCCACCGGCUGAUACCGGAGAUGACCAUGGACGACAUUCAAUCCAAGAUCAAUCAGCUGUCCAUGUAUUGGCAGCCUAACUCGGUCAGGUUUCCAGGAGGAACGUACGACUUGAGAUACUCGGCUAGCGAUGACGCUCGGUUCGAUCCGAGCCCACGCUCAGAACAGCUGGUCCCACUUCCGCAGCCCCUAGGACCCGAACCGACGAACCCGGAGGAGUUGAUAGUACAGAACGAGGCUGCGUUCCGUCCUAACGAACGACGUAUCAACAGUCGAUGGACAUAUCGCCCUGGAUACCAGUACGGGGCUAACCAUAUUGCCAAUGCACCCCACGAAGAGUGGUUUCCAUGGCUCCAGGAGGCAUUCUACGCAGUCAUGAACGACCCCAAUGAUGCCACGUUGAUCUACACCACAAGUCAGCCUGUGGAGCGGAUCGCAAGCCCAGGCCCUAUCCCUCAAAUCUAUUUAGGCAUGGAACUAGCCACGCCUAAUUUUGACGAUGAGCAGGAACGUCGCCUUUGGAACGACCACCCUGGUCUUGCUUGUGAGAUUGACGGCCACCCAGGUAGCUCUCCGCUCGCGUACAUCCCCAAGAACAGGAUAUGGGCCAACGAUGCUGUUGGGACCGUGACAGGGUCCUGUAUAACUUGCGGUAGGCCAACGAGAGGCAUUUGCGAGUCAACGGAUCACCGCCCCAACCACCGACAGUAUGUCUGCUGUGUCUGCGAUGCGCAUUCGAGAAGGAAUGCAUGGGAGCUGCUUAUGCAACUACAAGUAUUCCAAAAAGUGAGGCGAUUUGCCUGCAAAGCUUGCACCGCACAGUUUCUUCUUGACCCGGCGGCAGAGUUUACCCACCGAGGAGGUGAUUUGUAUGAUUCGCAGGGGAUGACUGACAACAACCCAAACUAUGAUCCCCGCUUGUGGACCAACCGCCACAUUCAGGGUGUGGAACCUCUGCGAUGGUUUAGUCAUGGUUCUCUGCAAGCGCCACUGCCCCAUACUGGAUGCGCGUGCGCUGACAAGUUGCUCGAUCGAAGGUUAUGUAAUGCACACCGUGCAAACGCGGUGGCGAAGUUCCUGGAAAGAAUUUAUCGAAUGGCAAUAUACGCACUGACAAAUUUUCGGUCUUUGGAACAUUGUUUUGCCUGUCAAGUAUCUCUGGCCCAAGAUCCGAACGACCCCAGCAACCUUGAUGAGGCGGGUAUGGUGUGGAUGUGUAUCUGCUGCUCUGGUUUGACGGUGGGUGUCAGGAGUGACCAAAUUUGGAAGCCUCUCGACCAGUAUCGUAUAUAUGGCGACUAAGAAUCCGCUUCCAUGGCUGCUUGCUAAUGUAGAGAAAAUCAACAGUAUUUAGAGUCGGUAUUUGAUAGCAUGCCACAGUUGGCACCGCCGAAGGGUGGAGACACGACUGGCUAUAGUAUCUCCGUGAGUCGGCCCCACAUGUCGAUAGCUCUGUUGCAGAUUGUUGAUAAACCUUAUUUAAAUGCUUAAUGCAAGUGCGAAAUGCACGUUGACCUUUUCAGUCAUCACAUGUAUCUAUGUGAGUAUGUAACGACC